AUGGAUUUUAACUCAUGGAACAUAUUCUGGAAUAUAUGUUUUGGUGUAUUGGGGACUUUGAUCAUUGCAGGGAAUGUUCUCACCAUCUGGAUAUUCUUCAAACAGAGACGCCAAAAACGCUCUUACUCUCUUCUCAUAAGCUUAGCUGUUGCCGACUUGCUGGUUGGGAUUUUCGCUGUCCCUUUCUAUAUAAAAUCAUUUGUAUCACCGGGAUAUCCAUGGUCAUGGUCCGUGCUUGCUGACGUUUCCACUGGGAUAACGUCCAUCUAUACCCUUGCUGUCAUUUCCUUGGAAAGAAUGUACGCCGUCGGUUGGCCUCUUCGUCACAGAACUCUGAACUAUCGUGUAUACGUCUGCGCUAUUAGCAUACCGUGGAUCAUAGCGGCAAUAUUUACUACUGCAUUGGUGUUACAGGCGCUUGAUAUAAUAGGGAGGGAGGUUUACUUGUAUUGUCUUUUUUUACUUCCUGGAAUCCCUCUAAUAACUGUAUGUGUAGCAAACUUUGUUGUUUGGAAGAAGCAGAAAUCGCCAUUUCGCAACCAGAAUCAUAUCAAAAGAGAAGUGAAAUUAGCGAAGACACUAGCUCUCAUAACAGGAACAUCACUUUUUACCUGGCUUCCUUUUCAAAUUCUAAAUAUUUUGUCUGGAUUGAAAGUCAUGAAAAAUGUUCACCAUUUUGGAUUCGUAUUUUUUGUUAUCAAAAUUUUACAGUUUAGCAAUUCAUUUGUGAACGUGAUAAUUUAUCCGUUCAGAAUCCCAGAAUUUAGGCGCACUUUAUUCCAGACACUUAAUUUCUGUGUAAUUCCCUUUAGAAGAUCCAGCACUGAGAUAUCUCCAUCAGCCGAGCCCAGUUCAGUUGUGUCCUUGAUAACGUUUACAAAUUCGACAUUUUCACUAUCCAACUUUCACCAGAAAAGUUCGCUUUAG